CCGAUGUAACUUGGACCCACCGACGCCUGCUCGCUGUCAGGGCUUUUUUUCUUGACUCUUGUAAAAAGAUGGCGUCUUUCGGGACUGUUGGAGCCCGAUUCGAGCCGUGCCCCCGGCCCCUGCCGCCCCUCGGCCGCCGUGUUUUUUUAUCUUUGAUGGAAGUUGUUAUCAGCGUGGCUGCUGGCUGCGUUAGCUCCGCGCGGCUAACAGGAUGGUUAGCAUUAGCGGCUACGGCUAACGUUAUCCACUUGUUCUCAGCCUCAGACGGAGCAAUGUCGGACGGUUUUUUUCACACCGAAACACCGAAAAACAGCCCGUAAACCGCGACGGUUCUCCCAAACAGGCGACCGGGGGGCUCUCCGAGGGGGGACCAAGCGUCCACAGGGCCGCAGAGGCUUAAUAACACGGUUAUAAAACAUUAAUUUGUCUGCCCGAAACAAAAACCCACUUUUCAGUGUUUGAACUCCCGCAGCAGCAGAAGAAGAAGCACUUGGCGGCUUUCAUCUUGAAACCCUCCAUUUUAGCUUCAUUUCUUCCCUUUUCGGGCCCUCUGCGGAGGCACGCGGGGCUGCUCGGGGAAGUUUAUCCCGACAACUUGGCGUCCCACCCGGGGAGCAAUUACUCCAAUUAACCGGCGGCCUCCACAGCCCGCUAACAGCCGCCGAGCACCUCCGCUCAGGUGCUGCACGUAUGGACGCUUCUCAGGUGGACCGGGACCCCCCACCCCAAAACUACAGGUCCCAGUACUCAGGCCCCCAGCUCGCGCUGCAGGCUGGAGCACAAAGGCAGCACAGAGGGGUGGAGUCCGAUCCCACAGCCAGGUGCACCACUUUCAUGCUUCAGUUGGAUGGUUUUCCUACUGGAGACAGUGUUCAGGCUGAUCGAUCGGCUGGCAGACUGACUGGAUCCAUGAUGGAAUUACAGACGUUACAGGAGGCCCUGAAGGUGGAGAUCCAGAUCCAUCAGAAACUGGUUGCUCAGAUGAAGCAGGACCCUCAGAACGCAGAUCUGAAGAAGCAGCUCCACGAACUUCAAGCAAAGAUCACAGCACUCAGCGAGAAGCAGAAAAAGGUGGUGGAGCAGCUGAGGAAGGAGCUGCUGGUGAAGCAGGAGCCGGAGGCCAAGCUGCAGCUGCAGGUCCAAACUCCUCCAGGAGGAGGAGACAUCAAGCCGGCCAACCCGCUGCAGAGCCAGCAGAUAGCCGGAGCGCUGCAGCAGACGCUGACAGUGACGCCGGUCCUCACCACAAAGACGCUGGUGCUGAAAGCUGCGCCCGGCACCGUCCUGCCGCAGCGCCCGCCCACCGUCGCUAUGGUAACCACAGCUAUCACCAAACCCGACUCGCAGAACGCCCCCAUCAACCUCCAGGUGGCCGGCAAGCUGACCAAUCAGAGCUCGGAGCCCAUGCGGCUGGUGUCCAAGAACGCCAUGGUGGUGCAGGCCGCCGCCCAGCCAAUCAAAGUUCCUCAGUUUGUCCCGCCUCCUAGACUGACGCCUCGACCCGCCUUUCAGCCACAGGUCCGGCCAAAGCUGGCCACGCCCACCAAUGUCCCUAUCGCACCGGCCCCUCCCCCACCCAUGAUGGCGGCCCCCCAGUUGCUGCAGCGGCCCGUCAUGUUGGCCACCAAGCUCUCGUCCUCGCUGUCGUCGUCGGCGCCCAUCCACCAGGUCCGCAUCGUCAACGGCCAGCCCUGCAGCAAGACCGGCGCCGCCCCGCUGACGGGCAUCGUCAUCACCACGCCAGUCUCCGCUGCACCCACCCGCCUCGCCAGCCCCGCCCAGGUGCCCCUGCCCACCCCCGUCCCCACUCAGACUCCGGUCCAGCCGAUCCAGAUCAGCAGCCUGACCACUGAGCCCAAGCAGACUGUUAAACCGGGAGGAACAGAGCAGCACGUCGUCGUCAGCCUCCCGUCCUCCUCCUCAACCGCUCCUGUGUCUCCUCCUCCCAGGCCCCCCAAGAAAGAGGAGAACCCAGAGGUAUCCAACGAAGACUCCCUUUCCAAGGUAUGUCAUACAGAUGUUUGUUUUGUUUCUCCCCCCUCUCCAUCUUUCUUUUUUUCUUUGUUUUCCGUCUUUGUCGUCUGUCUAUUUCACCCAGGUCGUCCACCCAAAUACAGCAGCGUCCCGGACCUGGUCAGCCUCACCCCGACCUCCCCCUCCAGCCCCGUCCAUCCCCUCCCCCUGCCCAGCCCCAGCUCUGGGGAUGGAGACAUCCAUGAGGACUUCUGCACUGUGUGCAGACGCAGUGGCCAGUUGCUCAUGUGCGACACGUGUUCUCGUGUUUAUCACCUGGACUGCCUGGAUCCACCCCUGAAAACCAUUCCUAAAGGCAUGUGGAUCUGUCCAAAAUGCCAAGAUCAGAUCCUGAAGAAAGAGGAAGCCAUUCCCUGGCCCGGCACCCUGGCUAUCGUUCAUUCCUACAUCGCUUACAAAGAAGCUAAAGAAGAGGAGAAGCAGAAGCUGAUGAAGUGGAGCUCAGAGCUGAAGCUGGAGCGAGAGCAGCUGGAGCAGAGAGUCAAGCAGCUCAGCAACUCCAUAACAAAAUGCAUGGAGACCAAAAACACCAUCCUGGCGCGCCAGAAGGAGAUGCAGCUCUCCCUGGACAAAGUCAAACACCUGAUUCGCCUCAUCCAAGCCUUCAACUUCAACCAGGCUCUGGCAGAGACGGAGGGCAAAGACGUGAGAGUCCCGGACAGGGCUGAGGCCGCGGUCGGCUCUGAAGCUCCGCCCAAAGUCAACUCGGCGGAGAAGGUGAAGGCGGGGAGCUCCUUGGCCGGCGUCAUCACCGAAGGGAGCAAGCCCGAGGAGCACGGAGCCGCGGGGAGCCGCCAGACGGGCGGAGACGCCUCCGGCCAGCCCGACAGCACGGUCCUAACGGCAGAUAGCGGCACCGGCGUGGGGGCGGACGGAAAGGCGGGGCCGGGGGGAGGGGCUAACACGGGGACCGGUCUCCAGGCGGAGAUCGUAGCCAAGCCUGAGACUGAGGUAGCCGCGGCAACUAACGUUCCCGCUUCUUCGGCCGUCGCCACCACCAACGGCACAGCCGAGCCAGCCCGUCCCGAUCAGAGCCCCGGCGGAGGCCACGGCGCCAACGCCGCCACCGGCUCUGAAAACAAGACAGCUGCCGCCGACCCCCCAGAGACGCCGGCAGAGAAGAAGCAGGAGGAGAUCGCCGGAAGCGAUGGCAGCAACACCAACAACAGCAAAACCUCAGAACCCUCCCAGCAUUCUUUGCCAGCUCUCGUCAGCAGUUUGGACAAUAAAAAGUAACGCGGCGUCUCGUCAGUCGGGGAUUCAAACAUAUAUAUUAAAAAAAGACUCUUGCUUGCACCGUGUGGUGCCCUGAAGUUGCCAAUCUGUAUAAAUGUUGUUUGUUUGCAUUGUAUUGUCAGACUGUGUCAAUGGUAGAUAUACAGCCCAAGUCACGUGACUCUGGGAAGACGUAGGCUGUUCCACCCACUGAGCUGGGUACAGGACGGCGUGCGCACCAGUGUCAUCAUGCCAAUUAGCGAUAGACGUCAUGGUGGGAAUGCUCAAAGGGAGAUUUAACUCAUCAUCACACCAGUGUGUGCCUGUUCCAGUGGCCCCUGUUCCCUGCGAGGUGGGGAGACGGUUCACAUGGGCACGAAGAACGCCGAGAACGUGGAGCCAAACAUCUGUCAGGGGUUACUGGUCGAAAGCAGUGUUGUGAUAAAUGAACCUGUUCGUGCCCUCGUCCCAACGAACUUAAUGUGAACGACCAUGAACCUUAACCGUCCGUCCCGACCUUCCCGAUCGUCCGACCCUCGGAUCUCUUCGGUGAGGAGCGAACCCCGUGCAUCCCUUCACUGUGAAAAGGCUUCAGUCUGCUUCAAACACAGAGUGGCACCAACCAGGCGCCGCAGAUGCAAAGAGUCCGAGAAUCUGGAUCACAUCUGGGUGUUUUUGAUCGGAAGUCAAACGUAGUAGAGUUACGGUGAACUUUGCAGAGAAGCGUUAGCCAACACCGCUCACGCCGAGCGCCCUAACUCACCUUAACCAGGUACCCGACAGCUGGGUACAAACAACUGUUGAAGGGAGCGAAAGAUAAAAGGCUGAAAAUGGGAUUUUCAGCCGCUAACAGCUCUGAAAAUCACACCUUAGACUGAUAACCUUCGAUAUCAGCCGGAGACCCUCCUCAGACAUCGUCUUUUUAAAGAUGGCGGUUGGCGCUUUGAAGCAUGCGGGUCUGACUGGCAGCACGCUCAUCAAACCACACGUACACCUGGCGGUGUAAACCCGGGCUCACCUGCCCAGGUGAGAACAAUACACAACAUUAUUGCAGAAACCUUAAAGGCCUCGGCAUCGUCGCUCUUUUGAAGCACACUGACGCCUUUGGAAAGACUUCCCGAGCGAUCCGUAAUCCCUACAUUAUUCCCACUCGCAGUCACCCGGUAACCAAACGGCCCAUCCUCUCCCCAUCUCCUCCCACCUGAGCUCAGGCAGCAAAGACGCCGAGCGGCGCGUUCGACAGGUACAAAGGACGAGGUCGAACAGGCUCGGUAGCCGAACAGAUGUUUUCAGUGGUGUCGGUCAAGUGUAGUGAUUGAGUUUUCAUUCGUGAGUCAAGUGUGUCAACUGUGAGCACUAAAUGUGAAAUUGCAAUAUUGCAAUGUCAACACACACAAACUAUAUCUGGGCUGUGUUUCUUUUUUAUAGGAAAAGAUAUUCAGGUCUUCCUAGUCUUCUUCAGAAUAAGUGCUUUCUGUUCCUGAACCUGCUGGACUGGCAUUAUCCACACACAAAGGAGUCCUCUUUUUGAAGCGGUCGUCUUUGCAUCGUGUGCGUUUCUGUUGAAUCCUGAACUGCCAAAACGACGUACCCAAAUUCAGCAGGGACAAGUCCACUUACUGUAUCGAAAGAUCAAAUCGCCGGCGUUGUAAGAUAUUUAGAUGCUACCAUUUCAGAAAUUGGAAGUCCCCAGAUUGAGACAGGAGAGCUUACUAAACAAUAACAUUAAAGGAACUUUUUUCCUUCGAACGGAGGGUUCGUCGUACGAAGCUGCUCCUUCCGACGGAUCUCAAAGGACGAUAAUCCUGAGAUUAAAGCACAAGCUUGCUGCAUUACAAAGAAGUGCUGAAGAGCUUUUUGUAUGUUAAUAUGGAAUUAAACAGAGUAUGCAUCUCUUUGUUGUGAUGUGACUUAUCCCCCACAUUGCCAAUAUUUUUCUCGGAGGACACACAAACCUCUGACGUGCGUAGUUCCUGUUUUUGGGAGGAGCGGCCCGAGAAGCGCCUUCGUCCCCUCGCGGUCAGACGCGUCUCUUUUCUUUGUGUGGCCGAAGCGCGGCGCUGUCGUUUGUGGCUGUCGGUUCAGGUGGGUCUGCUGAGCCGCUCGCUGCUGGCUUCUUGUUGGGAGCGAGGCGAUGACGGUGCCUCUGGUUGUGCUGGAAUUUCUGUCGCUUUCUUGCUUUGAGCUGUUUUGGAGCAUCGUUGCCCAGGUUUCAGUCGCCGGGCGGCGUCUUCACCCCCGAGUGCCGACGCCGUUUGUUUUCUGUCAUCGUGCACGUUCGCUGGGACUAGAGCCGCUGGAUGCAGAGCUCCAUAUCGCUGCUCUGGUCUCUGCAGCUGGUCGAGAAGUCGAGCAAUGACCUCGAGCAGUAAAAAGAUUUUGUGGCCUUUGAGUCGGGAAUCCAAAACGAUGGAACGCCAAAGUGACACGGCCAGCUCCAAAGCAUCCAAGCAGCACACUGGACGUGCCAGGCGCCGUCUGCUGCGUGACUGAGGCAGGUCAGGAGCUCUGCUGUGCGAGUGGAUACCCUGUGGGUGUGGGGUAGGCCCAGCAGCAGAGGAGAGCGUGUGUCAGCCUGUGUUGCUUACUGAUGAAACGUCAGUAGUUGGACUUUCCUGCUAACACCUGUACAGUCUCUGGAAUAGAAGGCGUUUAGCGACGUGCACGUGGCGGUGACCGCAGAGGUGAACACGCUGCAGGGCGACUGGGGUGACCGUUAACUUCAUAUCACUACGACCAAGUCGGCAUAUCGGACACCCGGUGUUCUCGUAUACAGACUGCCUUCAUUCAGAAGAUCCCACAGAAACGUUUCCACGCGUUCGGCCACCGCGUCGCGUUUGCCGUCGGUCAGAAGAGCUCGGCCAUUCGAACACAGAUGGGAAAGAAGAGCCAGAGAUGCAACUCUAACAAAAAAAGAAAAAAGGCAACUGACGUGUCCCCGGGUCCCUCUGAGUAUCAUUCGUUGUGUUUUGUUGUUCGUCGGCGUUCUUCAUCACGCGAGGCUGCGUUCACUCAGAGCAGAGUAGUCAUCAAGGUUUUCUUUCAAAGAGCCCGAACUUGUGUUCCAGUCAGACUGGACCUCUCCCUCUGUACAGUAGGUACCUCGAGUGCCUUUCUUCAAACAGCAGAUAAUAUUUGUCUCUUGACUUGCACUGUGACUUGUAGAACCUUACUAACCCCUCCGUAUGACCCUCCGGUCCCCCGUCCCAGGAGCUCCCCCCAAACUCCGGAGCACAACUCGGUCCCUCCACCUCAGGCUGCCAGUAGUCAAUGCAAGUUAAAUCUACAUUUCAUAUAUGAUGCCGUUUGAAAUCGACCGCAUAGUGUUUUGUUGAUGUUUAAUAGAGGAGUUGCCUUAAAUGUGUUUUAUUUUCGUUUCUUUCUGUGAUUAACUUUUCCAUUCGGAGAAAAACAAACACCUGUGCAGACGCGAAGGUCAGAGGUCGUUUGGUGAGAAGCAGUCGGGGUUUUCCCGACGAUGAUGAUGAUCUACUCGGAGCUGUGUUGUGAUGCACUUUUUGAUUUGACCAGUAUUAUCGGACCGGGAUCGGUCAGCAACGCAGAGCGCAGGUGUAAAUCCCGGUUGCCCAGAUUUCCUGGCUGGACUCGCGUUCGUUUUAUUUUGAAAGGUCCAUUGUUGCUUCUGCACUGUUCCUGUUCUUCUUCGGCUUCAGAUAACGCCCGAGUUUGCUAAAUCAGGUCACAUGAGGCGUCUGGCAUGAUCAAACUUUGACCCGAUUAAGAGCAUCUGGCAGUGCAGCGGCGGCAGCGGAGCGCAUGCCUUUUUAUGCAAACUUUGAUAAUAGACGUGUCGAAGCGUUUUUUUGAUAUGCAUCUGCUUUUAUUUUUACGUUUUCAUGUGAAACUCGAGUCACUUUCUUUUCUUUGGGCGUUCUGGCAAACACGGAUGCCAGAGCACGCCGUUUAGGUGUUAAACGUUGCAGCGACCAUCUGCGUUCAAAGGGUUUGUUCGGAAUCAGAAGGUUUUUCCAUGGAUGUAUGAAGAAGAACUGGACACCUGUUCUCCACUGACACGGUGCCGUUUGUGGGGCGGUCCUACCGCAGAACGCUUACCGGUGAUUGGUAGAAGUAGCCUGUGGAUUUGUUCGACCAGCGCUUGGUUCAAACAUGAACGCAGUCGACGGAUUGUGUUUCUUUCUGGGAAGUUACCCCAACUUUGACCUCAUCAGCACCUUGUCAGUGGAACGCAGGAGGAAGAUCAUCGAAAAAGUAGUCCUAGCUUUGUCUGGCUCGUGGGUUAAGAGAGAAAUCGCUGCUCUGAUUGGUUCUGCUUUGUUCAAUGACUGUUUGAUUCACGGCUUGGCCGAGGUUUAGGUGAUGCCGGGCUACAGAGCAGGAGAUCUGAGCGUCUGCCCUGCAUCAGCUCUCUGAAUACAUCCAUGGGUUUAGGUUCUUCGUUGUAGUCUUGAUUUGGCUGAUGCGGCGUGCCGACUGUUGGGAUCCCAGCAGAGCUGCGAAGGUUCGGGGAGGAAGGCUCUCUAAAUUGCUUCUCAGUUUCGAUUUCGCCGAGCCGUCCGGGUGAACUUAUCCAAAGAACACUGAGAGCAUACAUUUCGUCUCUGCAUAUCAUACGGAUGUCGUUUUCCUGCGUUGGCAUCGCGCUCGUGCAUUCCCGCCCGUGGUCACAUUAACCGCUCAUGCAUUCUAAAAAAACAAAAGACUGUGCUGGGGGGUCGUUCCUGCGAGGUAGUUUGCUCCGACUUUUAAGUUGUAUCAGUUUUAAAACGAUCAAGUCAUGAUUGUGGCCUUCUAGUAUUCUGUCGGUACAUGACGUCAUUAAUCUCUCGUGCCCGCCCGCCCAUCUGUCUGGACCCAAACGUACACCUGCAGCUUCUUACCUCAUCCACAGCUGAUUCCAUCGGGGUGUGUUUGAGUGCAAAAAAAGAAAAGUUCAAAAAAAGAAAAAACAAAAGUCUUUUUUUAUCUUCCAUUUGGUGAGAUGCAUUGUAGCGAUAUGAAUAAAGAAAAAGUUCACCUGGUGUGCUGAAUAAUGUGUAAAUUGGUAAUUACACAAUCUGAAUAUUUGUAUAAUUGUUUGUAUUUUUUCAUAAUGAUUUUGGAAAGGAAUGUGUUUAUUUUUUUGACUUCUGUUCCAGAUGUGUCUUCUGUUGGCCUGACAUUGUGACUGGUCUGGUGGGAUUCUUACCUCUGUAUUGAGCCUCUUCUGUGAUGAAUUCUUUGUAUGCAGUGUUUAGGAAAUACUGUAGGGAACAUGGGGAGGAGUUGAUAUUAGGAGCAUUUGAUCAAUUUGUAUUUAUUUAUUUUAUCAUUUUGUUAAUAAAUUGUGAAAAGCAGA